AUGUCGCACAUCAAACAGACGCAGCAGACGAACAACAGGGUCGCCAAGGCUCCCCAGCUCACUAGCCGACCACCAAGACUUGACGGCACAGAGGUACGCUCGCGGCCUCCGGCGCAGAUAGUAUCUCGAUCCGUAUCGACGCGGACCGAUAGCAAGCAGGCUGCAGGCACUGUCUCUGUCAUCAAAAGUGUGAGCCCUAGAUUGCAGCCAGACUCGGCAAGCAUUCUCAAACGCUCUCUCUCAAAGCUGCGCCUCAAAGACGCCAUCUCUCCCUCGAAACAGAAGCCGGCUCAAACACAGCGUGACGCCCAGAAGCAGCACUCAGCUCCAGGUCAGCGAGCAGCUCUGCAACCGACUUCCAAGAUCCCGCAGGUGAGCGCGCCGGCAUCAUCAACACGCAUAUUAGGCGCUUGUGCGGAGCAACCUGGUCGUGUCAACGAGGCCCUCUCCCCAGCUUACGCCACUCAGACCCAUCUCACUCGGCAAGAUCACCUGCAAUACGACGCCAACCGACAGCGUGUCCAAUUAGAAAGACGGAAUGACAAUACUUUGCAUCCUGCAGUCCCCGUCAAGAAGCAUAGCCCGGCAGCAGACAAGAAGAUGGCAGAUGUACGAUUGAAGGCAAUGCAGCUUGGCAUCUUUAAGAUAAACGAGCCUGAUCUUAAGGAGCGCUAUCAGUUUCUGAACGAGAUAGGAGCUGGCGAAUGGGGCAGCGUUUGGUCUGUAGAAGCGCUGCGACCUCUCGAUCAUCUGCCCACUUCCGCCUACCGUAAGCUUCAGGUUGUCAAGCUCACUGGUACGGGCACCUAUACCGUCGACAAUAGCGCCAACUUUCGCCCUUUGGCUGUCAAGCUCUGCAAGCGCGAAACCAAAUACUCAGCCGCCGCUAGAACACAACGUCUUUGGAAUGAAUUCAAAAUCCUACGCACCUUGAUGGAUCAGCUUCCUCGCGCCGAGCAGGUCAACCCCAACAGCCCCAACUGUCGUGUCCGAAACGACCGUACAGGUUGGCAUCCCAACGUCGUCAACUUCUACGAGUUCCUGCUGACACCAACUCUCGCCAUGUUUGUCAUGCCAAAAUUCGACGAGCCCAUGAAAGUAUGCCUCGGUGAUGCCCUGUGUCGCAACUACUUCCAGCAGCUCCUAUCGGCUGUGCAUUGGUUGCACCAGCACUGUGUCUGUCACAAUGACAUUAAGGUCGACAACCUUGGUGUCACAUACGACACUUCCGGGCUUGGUCGCGACACGGUGACGCUCUUCGACUUUGGCUUCGCGAAUCGCUACGACCCUCUUGAAGAAGGCGCCUUCAUGUCUAAAGAUGUCUGGGGUACGCCCGAGUAUCUUGCUCCUGAGCGUUGCCGCGCAACUCUCCACGACGAGAGGAAGACUGACAUAUGGGCUCUCGGUAUCACCUUCUUCGAGAUGCUCACUGGACGGACUCCUUUCGAGCAUCACGACGAGAAGUUCGAUUCCAAGGAGAAGUUUCAAGAGUACUAUGCUCGAGCUGAACGUGGCACCUGGCUCGGUACCUGGGACAUGACCUUCGAGAUGGAGGAUCUUAUUCGGAAGAUGCUUUGUCACGAUCCAGCAGAGCGUAUCGACGCAGCAGGAGCUCUGCUUCACACUCAAUUCGAUCCCAGCAACGCUGAUAAAUGCGAUUCCUUCGACGAGCUCCUGCAGCUAUCCUACGAGGACGCUCGAACUCAUCAAACAGCUGAGGCCAUGAUGCAGGAACCGGAUCCUAUCCCUUUCCUAGAAGAGGUGGACGAUAGUGAUGCCAUGAUCGAAGACCUUGUAGCUCAGACCGAGCGACUUGAAUCGCGCCACUACAGCACUGCUGACGCUGAGUCACUGCCCCCUUCUCCUGGCGUCUCACGUGCUGCUGUCACCAUACGUGCCUCGAUGGUUCCGAACUCGCCUUCCCUGUCCCAAGUCGGCAUGGAUUCUCGCCUCACGGACCUCAUGUGUGUGAGUCCACCUUGGAGAGGUGGUCAGCCCCCACGUCAAGGCACGCCCAUCCCUUCUGCUCAACGCAAUCGUAUCCUCACUCAAAGUCUGCAAGAAGAAGCUGAGGACGAUCAAGAAGACGACAGUGACAACUCCAUUAUUGAGCAUCCCUCGCCUGCGGCUAUCACUCGAGCUUCACGAAUCAGCCCGACUAAGCCCAUCAUGGUGGCCCUUCCGAGCAAGCAAUCGCCUUUCCGGCUUCGCAUUGGCGAGAGGACCCGCAAAAUGCACUUGACGCAGACUGUCGAUGAGCAAAUGGCGUCCACUCCUGUCCCUGCACCCGCAGCUACUGCUCAACGCCCUCUAGCUCCUGUCAUGUGCCCAAUGUCGCUGCCUCAGGUCGAGGAUGAAAGGCCAAAGCCAGUCCAAGCACCACGGACUGAAGGUGGAGCCAGAGGUAACGUCGUUGCUUCACUCGCAAAGAAAUUUGACGCCUCGAACUUUCUCUCGAGGCCGCCUCCUCACAUCACUGCAUUAGCUGGUCAGACAGGUCUUGGUCUGACGUUUCGUGGGCAACCAGCUGGCGCUAAGCUGGGCCAAGGUCAUCGCCGCUCAAAGUCUUACACGCUGACCACUUCGCAGCAUGGUGUUACUCGCCGUUCAGUCCGUCGCUCUACUGGCUCGUAUGUGCCAUCGCCUGAGGAUGCAAUGCCUCGCUGCGCACGCCGCCUCUUUGAAGCAGAAGAGAUCAAAGGGGGUACGGCAGGCCCUGCUCAUCAACCUCCUCCUUCUGACCUUGACAGCGCUACCGAUAUCGGUUCCGCUCGCUCUGACACGAAGAAUGCCGGCGUCGACCUCGCCAAUACCUCCGAGCGGAACUCUGUAGCUCGUGCACCUGCUCUUCACUCCGUCCUUGCCGGCGACCAGGCAGAGUCGUCCACUAGGUCGGACUCAAACAAGCGUCUGCGCUCGCCUCCCACUCACUGCCUUCACAGCUCAACCCACGUAUCCUCUCCUGGGGAGGAGGUUAUCUUUAAGCGACUCAAGAAAAUGGCCAGCCUUGCCGGACUGCUCACUAAGAUGAUCGACGAGACUAAGUCGACCAUCAUGACCCCAGCACGUGCGCGGGGUGACGUCGGACUGAUCAAGACUCCGGUUAGGCAAAGGGGCUCUGACUCGACGAUCAGCACUACAGCAAUGGACAUCUCUCCCGGCCUUCUCGAGACACCACCCUCUGAAGGCAGGGCCGCUGAGCGUCAUGAGGAGGACGCAGACGUCUCAAUGGUAUCCGCAGCUUUCUCGCUCGAUCUCAGCGGCUCGGCUAGGAGGGACGGUCCGGAAGCCUCGUCGAAUGCUCAUCCCCGAUCGGACCUUGGAGUUGAGCAAGGUUCACCUCAACAAUUACAACGCCAUAUUAAGCUCUUCGAUCACACGACUCCCACAUCCGCAAUAUCUGGACGAGCACCUAUCACAGGCCCCUCUUCAGCACAGGUCGAAACGAUGUAUUCCUCCUUCUUACUCUCUCAGAACGUCUGCAAGAGCGGAUCUGGAUUUCUCUCUCCAACCCAACCCUCUGCUUCGCUCAACACCUCCUCCAGCAUCACCAGCUCCAAACCGCGUUCUCUUGCUGCUCUCUUCGCGCCCCCGCCCACACUGCCGGCUUUUGAUCAUCUGAUGAGAGAGGUGUCUCCUCGCAAAUUGCAGACUCCGCUCGCUGCCAGAGCGUCAUCAACCAGGCAAGAGAAGCAGAAGAGUGUCAGUACAUCCGGCAAACUUGCUCGCUUGUUCCGGAAGCAGGCUUAA